ACAGUCCAUCGAAUCCAGGCCUGACGGAGGUGCUCAGGACCUGUGCAAAUAUCCAGUCGGUAGAAAGCUUAAACUACGAAUAUAACGACGUUUUCCUGACCGAAUCCAAUGAGGGCAAGAUGAUAACGCCGAAUCCAUACUCCUUCAACCUUUCGGGCAACUUUUCCAUCAGUAGUUGUCCCAGUGAAGACGUGUCCUUCACGGAGAGUAUUCUAGAGGACAAUGGUCGUAUAUCACUGGCUUAUGAGAACCUGAAGACCAUUCCUCGGCGACUGGCUGAUAAAUUCGCUGCACAGACCAAGUUCCUCGAUUUGAGUCACAAUGAUUUCCGAAACCUAAGAUUUCUCUCGUUUUUCGAGGACCUGGACACUUUGAUUCUGGACCGCAAUGUGAACCUGGACAUAAAUACUUUUCCUUACCUACCAAGCCUGAGGAUCUUGUGGAUUAACAACUGCGAUAUAGCCAACAUAACCGACUGGAUACACCGCAUCGAACGGCAGUGUCCUGCGCUAGAUCAGCUCUCUUGCAUGGGUAAUCCUGGCAUCCGCACUGUUUUCGGUGGCCAAGGACCUCGCGAGUAUAUCCUGCAAGUGCUCCCCCAGCUGAAAUAUCUGGAUGGACUGCCGGUCUGUGGCGGGAGUGGAGGUCAUAUGGCACUCUCCUCUUCGCAAGGACAUGGUCAGGACUCGACCAGCAACUCGGAGAAGCCACAACCCGCACCAGCGCUCACUUUCAAGGACUUCUUCCGGCCAAAGCACUCAAGGAAAUCGCAUAGUGGGCGGACCUACGGCAACGGCUCCUCGACAAACUAAAGUGAUUCGCCGAGGACGCGAGGGGCAUUCCACUGAUUGCAUUCUGUCCCAUUGUUGGACUAUUUUUAACCGUCCGCUGGAUUAUCAGCGCUGCCCUCGAAUGCCCUGCAGUCGACGAUUGCACCUACUGUGCGAUGCAAGUAAAUAUGCAUAUGAUAAUUGCCAUGAACGUAUAUAAAUAUGCAAUUGUAUGGCGAUGGACACGCUCGAGCCUAGUGAGAAUUAAUCUAGCACAUUAAAGCAAUUUUUACAAUAAUGCGAGUCAAUGGACUCUAUGAAUAGUCAAGUAAACAGUACGUAUAUAAUAGGCCCCAUCUUCAGAAUAAAUGUUCUUCACUUAAACAGCAUUAUGAAUGUCGUUCAAUGUCCGAUUAAUUGUUACAGAUGUAAAUUCGUGGGCAUGAGACUAUCUUCGCAUACCUCAAUGUUCAAGGUUAUAAAUUAUCCGAGUUCAAAGCCGUCACCGAUACUUUAACAUCAAAAAUACUAGCUCGGAUGCACUGACUAUAAAAUUCUUUUUACUCCCGAUA